AUGACCAGAUCUGCCCGUAUCCUCGGUUGCAUGGUUUUCAUCUUGGGGCUUAUCUUAUGUCCAGCGGAUUCGAAAAAGAAUCGGGGUUCCCAAGGCGCCAUCCCUCACCCUGACAAGAGCAACCCAAACGAAUCGGAGCAGCAGCCUCAACCACCACAAGCUGGCUCUGGCUCCAGAGGACGAAGCAAGGGCUCCGCCGCAUCGGCUGAGGAGGUGCUGGAGUCCAGCCAGGAGGCUUUGCACGUCACGGAACGUCGCUACCUCAAACGCGACUGGUGCAAGACUCAGCCGCUUAAGCAAACAAUUCACGAGGAAGGAUGCAUCAGUAGAACCAUAAUUAAUAGGUUCUGUUAUGGACAGUGCAAUUCAUUUUACAUCCCCAGACAUGUACGCAGGGAAGAGGGCGCAUUCCAAUCCUGCUCAUUCUGCAAGCCGAAACGAUUUACUACCAUGACUUUUACUUUGAACUGUCCGGAUCAACAGCCGCCCACCAAGAAAAAACGAGUUCAGCGCGUGAAGCAGUGUCGCUGUAUUUCCAUAGACUUGGACUAA